UUAAUAAUUGUCUCCAUGCUUUAAAUCGACAUUUGAAUGAAAAAUCAACACUUCUUAAGCUAAUCAAUAUUUUAGACAAAAAAGUAUAUUAUAAGCUAUGGCAAGUUUUUAAUGUUAAAGUAAAAAAUCUAGCUAAUCAAGGUCUUGCAGAAUGUACUGGAAGUACAGGUUUUACUGAAGUGAAAAUUUUACAUAAUAUGAAUCAUCCAAUUAUGACUAGGGAUAUUCCAACUG